UCUUGUGGCUGUAGUAAAAACUAAAACCAGCUAGUUUAUUAUUCAGAUUAUUUUGAGCGUUUAAAGCAUACUAUAUAGUUAUGUGUUUGGUCAUAUUUCAGCCUAUACCGAUAAUAUUAACCUUCUUUAAGCCAAUAAAUUAUUGAGAGUUAUUGUGGGACUCAGAUAGUGAACAUUUGAGCUGCGCAGAGAGUUCAAUUCAGUCGAAGCUGGAGCGAGGUGAAGACAGUCGUGGAUAGACCCUGUUCAUGGUUUGAAUAUGCCCAAUUUUAUAUACUGUUGCUUACCAAAACCGUCGGGUCGAUGGUGAAAAGAAAGAAGACAUCAUCUGCUGUCGAAGAGCAUGAAAAUGGGAUGACAGUUGGGCUGAGAGACGGCAUCGGUGUCGAUGGCCCGAAUAAUUCGGGCAGAAAGCUUGAAGGUUGUGACGAGGAGGAGAGCGGAGAUCAGGGGAGCGAGAAGCGUAGUACAAAGAGAGACGGAGUGGAAAUUCUUAAUCCAUCAACUACGGGCUGCUCCAGUUCAGCACCAGUAAUUCUCACAUCCGUAUCGAACCCGUCUGGACCUUGUUCGAGCCAACAGCCCCCAUCCUCGACAGCACCCACCGCACCGAGUCACGACCAGCAUCAUUUUCUGAGAUCCAGCGUUCGACCCCCAAGCAAACGAAUCCGGAAGGAUUCCAUCUCCCCAACUAUCAAUGGUCACGGCGGGGCGAAAUCGAAAGGCUCAGAGAAUGGUCCCUCUCACCAGGUGUCGGCUGGUCAGUCCGGCUCCACGUCAGGCUCUACGGGGCCCUCAGGCAAGGCGGCCCCUAGAGGCCAAGGGCCCGGAGACAAGGAGGAGCCGGUGGGCAGUCAGAAGAGACCCCGGAGGCAGUGGGAGUCCUGGAGUGCAGAGGACAAGAACAGCUUCUUCGAAGGGCUCUACGAGCAUGGGAAGGACUUUGAGGCGAUCCAGACAAACAUAGCGUUGAAACAUAAGAAGAAGGGGAAGCCAGCCAGCAUGGUGAAGAACAAGGAGCAAGUCCGACACUUCUACUACCGCACCUGGCACAAGAUAUCCAAGCACAUCGACUUCGCUAACGUGUACUCCCGUGUGCUGAAGAAGUCCUCUCAGGAGCUGUACGGUCUCAUCUGCUACGCCGAGCUCCGGAAGAAGGUUGGAGGAUUGAUGGACGAUAAGAACGUGGCCAAGCUUAACGAGCUCAUCCAACAGGGGGCCACCACGGUGCGUUCUAAAGGCAGGAACCUGCGCAUCAAAGCUCCCAUGUGCCGUGCGCUCAAGAGGCUGUGUGACCCAGAUGGAGUGAGUGAUGAAGAGGACCAGAAGCCUGUGCGUCUACCUCUGAAGGUUGCCGUGGAGCUGCAGCCGCGUAGCAAUCACUCCUGGGCCCGUGUCCAGAGUCUGGCCCAUAAUCCCCGCCUCAGGAUGGUGGUGGAGCUGCAUAGGAAGGUGUCCAGCCUGAUUGAGUUCCUGAAACAGAAGUGGGCCGUCCAGGACCUGCGCAUCCUGAAGAGCCUGCAGGAACGCGAGACGUUAGAGGGAACCCAGCAGCACAGUGGUAGCGGCAGCCCUGCUCUCCCCUGCAGAGCAGACAAGGAGGACCUGUUCCUGUACCCAGCUGAGACCAGCACCCUGACCGCCCUGCCCAGCGUAGCCCGUGUGGUCCACUCCAAGGCCUCCUGCACCGUCCACUGGCAGGAGAGUGGCAAGCCCCGGCCCGGCCCCAAGGAGCUGAUCCCCACUGCCCAGAUUCUGGGCAUCCAGGGGGCCCCGCUCCUCCCCCGGGUGGGUGUGGCCAAACCUGGACGGGGCGGUGGUGGUGGGGACGCUCGACGGGUUGGGGGAGAGACCCCCGUAUCUACGCCUGAAGGAGGAACGUCAGGAGGAGCAGGGCCAGAGGACAAGAAUCCGAACCAGAUAACAUCUCCUCCUCCUGUACCUCCUCUUCCUCCUCCUUCGUCUUCGCUGCUGUUGUCUACAGCUCAGAAACAGGAGGGUGGUGCAGCCGCGGGGCAGGUGGAAGGGGAGAAGGGGCUGGGGGGAGGACCAGGGGUAGGGGAGGCCUUGGGGUCCAAGGAAGGAGAAAGGGACUCCAAUUGUCAGGGCCAGGGGGGCGGUUCUUGCUCUGCUGCUGAUCCGUGCAGGGAUGAAGAGCGGACCCCAGGGGUUAACGGCAGUGACAGUGCCUCUCCAGAGAGGAACUCCCUCCCCCUGUUGGACCCCCUGGUUCCCACCACACCUCCACCGGCAACGGUACCACGACAGGUGGAGGACGUCCCUCCAGACCAGGUGCAGGGGAGGGCAGCAGCCACAGGAAAGGAGGAGUCCGGUGGGGUUGGAGGAGGAGGCAGGACCCCAACCCCGGUGUCCGGCGGUCGGUCGGCCCAGCGGAUCUGUGAGGAGGGCUGGAGCUCGCGGGGGACAGACAGCAACGUGACUCUGGCAGAGCUGUACCUAAUGCUGGGGAAACCUGGGAAACUGCAGCUGGAGUACGAGUGGCAGCCGGCUGCUGUUGCAGCCCCGGAGCUGGAGGAGGAGGGGCUACAGUCACCACGCCCCCUGCCCCCACCAUCCACCCACCGCGUUCUGCGCUGUCUGCUCCGACUGGUGUCAUCAGAGGUCAACCCCAAACCUGCCCCAGAGCUGUGCUCCACAGCCACGUCUCCGGUAAAGCCAUCCCAGGAGGAACAGUCCCUCACCCCCCCAGGCAAGGCCCUGGCUGUGGGGGUACGGAGCCCCAACUAUGGACGACUGCAGCCCCUGGGAGUCCGAGCGGCAAAGUUGAUGUUACCAAACACCGGAUCCUCCGGUCGUAACCUCCCGCGGUCUCUGCUGGUGUCCGGGGGGGACUCAGAUGGUGGGGUGUUUGCCAUACCCACCACCCUGCCCCCCAACAGCUCCCGACACUCCCGCAUGUUCUCCCCCAACAAGGAGGCCGAGCUCGCCUUCCGACAACAGCUCGACUCCAUCGGCAUGCAGUCAGACAUUUUCCUGCCAAAACAAAGGAAAAACAGGAGCCGGCCACUUCGAAAGCCCCUCGUGGUCCAGAGAACACUGCUUCCCCGCACCACUGGAGACACUCCUCAACACGUCUGCUCCUUCUCCAUCCUCUCCAACUCAUCUGCCACAGGAACAGGCUCCUUCCGGCCAAUCCAGCCCCGUCUCUCUGCCUCCACCCGUCCCCUCCUCCCCAGAACUCCGCCCAUCACCUCUAGCCCUGGGAUGUCCAGUCAGCUCUCCAGUGCCAUUGACCUGGCAGCCAAGUCAGCAGGCAUCAUCCCAGGCAGCCCCUGUCGGGAGCUGGAGGCCCCCAGUCCAGACGGAAGGCCCCUCCUCUUGACCUCUCACCCUGGAGUGGUGCAUGCUGGUCCUGGUCCUUCCCAGACACCGCUCCUCCAGCAGGCCUCCUCUGAGGUUUCACUGCAGAACGGCCUCCCCCCUCCGUCUCCAGGAGUGGCAGGUGACUCUCUCCUCUCCCCGCCCAGCAUGGCCUCUCUGCUGGACAUCUCUCUCCCGGGACCCCCGGAGGAAGCCAUGGCUCCUGGAGGGCCACAAACACACAUCAGUGACUCAAUCAUUGAGUUGGCCAUCAACUCGGCACACUACGGUGAUGAGGCAUCCCUCUCUCCUGCCAAGUUGAAUGGUAGUGAGUGCUCUAAGCUCCUACCCUCUACCUCAGUCAGCCCCUCCAGAGGCUGGAUCCCUUCCCCCAGCCACGACCCUCAGUGGUACCCCAACGACUCCACUGACUCUUCAUUUGGCUGCCUGCUAUCAAGUCUGGUGUCUCCUGAUAAGGCCAGACGAAGCUCCCUGACCCCCUCCAGUGGAACAGCCCUCCUCGGACCCAGAUUUCUGGACUGCAACUCCCAUGAUUCCUUUCAGUCCCGCGGCCUGCCAGACGUAGCAGAGGUAGACUCCCAGCUGGCCUGCAUGAUGAGUGAGAGCAGCGUGGAUUACAUCGCCCGCUUCAACGAUUUGGCACAGGAGCUGGCCGUCACAGAGCCGCACCUCCCACCACCUUGAGUUUGAAUAGACUGGGUGCGGCUUUAAAAAAUGUCUGUCACAUAGCUGCCCCUCCCGCCCUCAUAAGUUUGAAUGGAACUGGGGCGGGGUUUAGGAUCUGUCUGUCACAGAGUUGCCCCUCACACUCCUUCAGACUUAAGAAGGACAAAGGGGGUGGAGAAACACUCCUUCCGCUAUAUAGUUUGUAAAAGAAAGUGCAAUAACCAUGGCCAUUGGCCUGAACAGAAAAAGCACUCCGAUCUACCUUGGCACAGUCCAAUUGGAACAGGUUUAAACUGGUUCUAAUGGGUUCUGAAAUGGUUUCAGAUGGUUCUGAAGGUCUGUGGUCCGGUUUCAACUGGUUCUAAAGGAACGUGGACUAGUUCCAACUGGUUCUGAUGGCCUGUGGACCGGUUUCAACUGAUUCUGAUGGGGUCGGAUCUGGUUUCAACUGGUUCGGAACUGGUUUCAACUGGUUCUGACAGGUUCCAGCUGGCUUGUUUGUUUGGACCAUUCUGUCUGUUCUGCCUAGCGAGCCGCCCUUUUUUAAAAACACUUAAAAAAUGAAUCCCGUUUACAAAACAUAACCUCAUGUAAAGAAAAAAACAAUGCCAUAUCUGAACAAAAGACUGGGUCUCUGUCUGUGUAUCUUUCCAUUUCUCUGUCCUUGUCCUUUUCGCUCCCUCUUCUUCCCUCUGAGAAAUAUCAAACCGAAGACAUUUGAGUGCAAAAUGUAAAUGUCAGAUAAACUUGAAAAUAACUACUGAUGAACUGCUGGUAGCGUUUCCUUCUCCAUCUUGUCAGUUUUAGUCGUCCGUGUGAACUAACACAUCACUUAAUCAUUUAAUCUGUUGAAACUGAAUAAGCCAUAUGAGUGGAACUGAUGUGAAUUUGUAUCCCAGGCCAAACAUACGUGUGUCUGACUGUCUGUGUCCCUUCUCCAUAUCAAAGCAAAAACGUUUGACACUCCACUUCCACAUCUACUCCAACUCCCACUAACCCAGCUACAUCGCUGUGUUAGUGUCUGGUUUUUCUUCUCAACCAACGCUUUGAAACUACCUGAAAGCUCACUUCAUUUUUCUGUAGCAAAACGUUUUGUAACGUUGCGCCCUACUGAACACAAACAACCCUUGUGUGCUUUUGUGUGACACCACACCAGGCGCUCCAUCCUAUGAUGCCUGGUUGUCAGUAAAGGGGCGUGUUUUAGAGAGGUCCCCAGCUGACUAAAGGACCAAUCAUAUUGAGGGGUUUUAUAGACAGAAAUAUGGUCACGUUCCAGGAUGACUACGUUGGAGAUGUUGCAUUGCAUCAACCAAUGUUUGUGUGCCACGUCAUCGACUAUGCAGUCCGGCAUCAGAUUACUACGGUCGAGAUCCUGCCUGACUACAUUGCAGCAAAUGCCAGAAAUUAAGAAGCGUGUUUCCAGGACGAACUGUGUGUCCAAAUUGGCACCCUAUUUCUUAUAUAGUGCACUGCUUUUGACCAGAGCCUAUAGGGCCCAGGUCAAAAGGAGUACACUAUGUAGGGAAUAGGUUGCCAAUUCGGACACAGCCAAUGCCUAGAUGUCAGCUAAGGAUUUUGAUAUGAGAAAUCACAUUGACACAAUGUUCAAAUACUAAAUGUCAGAUUUUUAUUUUAUUUUUUAACACACUAAAAUAAAUGUUCAAGCUACAAAUGUGGAUUAAGCUACAAAUGUGGAUUAUGUCGAAAUACUUCUAUAUAGCGGGUGUCUUUAAAUUGGGGCAUGGAGUCCUUCCUCUUUGUGUGUAACUUUAAUCUAUAACAAUUCCAGUAUUCACUGCGCUUUUGUAACAUAAUACUGUAAAUUAUUCUUAAUUGGACUAUUUAUUGUUAACAGGUUGAGGAAAAGAAGUGUUUUACAAGGAGCUAUAUGUAAUAUUUUUGCAUUGUAAUUUCAGAAAAAUACCUUUUAAUAUAUCAGCAGUAAUAGUGGAGAGUGUUUAACAAUGUUUAAUAAAAAAUAAA